AUGAAUUUAUCCAAUGUUGUGGAACACCAUACUUUCUACAGAGUAUACGCCCAACGUUGGAUUGUUUUGACUGCUGUGUGUCUUUUAGCUUUGUCUAAUGCUACGCAAUGGAUUGCGUUUGCACCACUCCACGAUGCUGUGCAGGAUUUUUACUGUAUUAAUUUAAUUAAUAACAACAGCAGAGGUGAACUUGAGGAAAAUGGUAGUGGAUGUGAUGUUGAAACUUGGAUUUCGCAAAUUUUCCAAAUUGUUGGUGUUUUGACCGGCCUUUUUGGGAUGUAUAUAACUGAUCGUUACGGAAUUCGUGUUUCGUGUCAUUUGGGAGCCGCUCUAAAUUUGUGUGGGGCAAUUAUUCGUUUUAUCUCCUCAUUGCCAUUGCUAGAAAAAUCCGCUCGAUUACCUUUCCUUUAUUUUGGACAAAUAAUAGCAGCAAUGAGCCAACCAUUUUUUCUUUGCCUUUCGCCUAAGGUUGCAGAAUAUUGGUUUGGAGAGGAUCAACGUGCAUUGGCCAACUCACUUUCAUUUAUUGGUAUAAACAUUUUUUGA